AUGCAUCGAUGCAGUCUUCUUGGGCUUUUUCUGUUAUUUUCCUUUGUUCUUACCGUCCUUAGCGAAGAUUAUUUAGAAGAUCACAUCAGACAGUGAGUUUUUUCAAACUUAUCUUAAUGAAUUUAUAUAACAAAACAUCGUUCUCAAACAUGAUUUUUUCAAAUAUUGCGAAACUUCAGCCGUUUGAAUCACCCCAUAUCGGCAUGUGAUGACUUUUACGCUCACGUUUGCCCAUUGGACUUGAGAAAAACAGAUCUCAUCUCAACUAAGCUAGAAGAUCUCCAUUGGUUUAACAAGAGAAAUCUAUGGAGCCCAUUCGAUCAAUAUCUUGUGAGUUUUAUAUUACAAGAGCAGUGACAAUAUGCGCAGAUUUGGAACUUGCUGGGAGUUCGCUGGAAGGCGGAAAAUAAAAUGACACAAUUUUUUGAAGUGCGGCCGAGAAACGAACAUAGUAAUUAUUUUUAUUGAAUCUUCGGCAAGCUCCUCAGCUACCAUUCGAUCGUUUUUCUAUGAUGAAUAUGGUUAUUCAGAAAAGUAUUUUCAACUUUGCGAACAGCCUUGAGAGCAUCAAAAUAGAGCUGCUGAGACUGUGAGCUUCAUGACUCCAGAACAGUAAUCGAAAAUUUUUUCAGGUGUUCUGGAGGAUCAAUACAAAAAUAUUUAGCCGGAAAAUUUGUAUCGAUUUAUUUAAAGAAAAAUGUAACAGGAAAUUGUGUGCACAACGUCGGAAGAUUUCACAUCGCCGCUAAACUGGGUUUUUCACAUGGAAGUGAGUAUUUAAUGAUGAAAAGAACUAUCAUUAUAAUUUCAGUAUCAAAUAAUCAGCAGUAUCAUGUUUAAUGGAGCCAGAGAAAUUCAAUUUUCGAAAACAGAAUUGGGUAAAAAGUUAAACCAAAAAAUGAUUAGGUAUUUCGAGGAUUUCAUUGAUGUGACCAGGCAAAACGUCAAAGUUAGUUAGAUACCAAAAUUUCGUCGAAAUAUUCUCAGGUUUCAGAAGACAUCAUGGCUCAGAAAGUACGAAAGGACUGAAGCUUUUUCUGCCCUCUUGAGAAAUAAUUUUUCUUUUUUUGGUUAUGAGGAGAAAGAGAUCAAACGAGCUGAGAUUCAUUACAAAGCAGCUAUGAAUAUCGCUCUUCAUUGCACCAGAAGGUUCACUAGUUAUUAUCCUUUUCUCUAUUUGAUUUAUAACAGAAUCAACGAGACCGGUUUGAACUUUAUUUGUGCAUUUACUACUUUCAACGAUUAUUAUGAAAGUGUUACCGCCUAUCCAGACAGAUACGAUAUGGUACUUUUGAUGGGAAAUUUCAAUGCGUUCAAUCUCGAUGUACACUCGAAACUGCGGAAUAAAGGAAAUAGGCUCUGUUUCAGGUUGGCGUUGCAACUCUGAGGCCCGUGCAGUACCUGGCGAAUUCCAAAAAACAAUCAAGGAUUGUAUGUUUUAUCCUUGAUAAUUCAUUAAAUGUUCAAUUUUCAGUCUGGUGCACUUGGUUUCAUUGUCGGCCACGAAAUAAUGCACACCUUCUACGCGAAGAAGAACGACCCACCUGAGGUCGCCAAGUUCUUCAAAAAAUCGUAUGGUUGCGUGGCCAGACAGUACCAAAAAACUUGUCGAUUUUAUGCCAAAGUAAAAAAGAAGGAGAAGAUGUUUUAUAACGAAGUUUGAUUUCAGGGAAACUGCGUUUCAGGAACAAAUUUCACAAACGAAGAAGAUGGGGCCGACAUGACUUCUGUUCGAAUUGCAUAUGAAACUUAUUUCAAAUGUCGUUUGGGAAAAGAAGUGAAGCCGCUUUGAAAUGGUUCUAAUGGAACUAAUUUACAAAAUACUUUUCAGAAAAGCGACAUUGAUGGAGUUUCCCAAGAUCAAAUGUUUUUCUACUCAUUGGUAGCCCCUCAUUGCAAAGUGGUAGUCACGCAAAAAAUUAAAUUCGGAAUUCGGAACUUUCUUUAGGGCGAGUCUAGAUAUUUUUCCCAUCCUCUGGACCCGCAUUCCCAAAUUUACGUCCGCAUCAACGCCGUAAUGUCUCAGAUGGAAGAGUUCAAAAAGGCUUUCAACUGUUCUAAUUCUUCGAAAAUGAUUCAAAGCAAAGUGAAAAGCAGUUCAGGAUUUAAAAUAAGGAUGAUUUCAGGGGGAGCACUGCAACAUGUACGGCACCGACGAGCAGUUCUCUUCAAAGACUCCUCAAAAUUUUCUCUCUAAUGACUCGUCAACAUUAAAAGACGACUUAUGAAAUCUUCAACAAUAAACAAAGUUUCUUUCGGAUUGCUUUGACUUCAAGCGUUUCUGUAAUUUUUCCUCUUUUGAAAAAAGGGCGAAUAAAAAAUCAGACUUUUUUUUCGUAUAAGUUCGUGAGUGUUCUUAUUUUUUUUUCGAGAAGAUGACUAACGUAGUGAACUUCUUACACGUCUUUAUCUGACGAUGACUUAUCGUGAGAAGGAAUGUUUUAAAGGUCCCAUAACAUUUCGCGCGGCCAAAUGUUGUGACAGCCUCGUGUACGCUCUGCAAUUUUGGAGAAAACGACAUCUUUUGUACAAUGAGAGAAGCUUCCUUCAUUUUUUUAACGAUCUUUUGAGGUCCCCUGCAAAAAACAAAACUAUUGGUUAAUCAAGUGAGGGUUUUAUGAUCUUACAGUACCCCAUUUUUUUGAGACCUCCCAAGAAGAUCUCCGCGUCUCUAUUGACCUACCUGGAGGAUGGCACGCAAGACGCCAACUUGGGUGGUCCAAAAAACAGGAUACUGUAGUUCUUGCAUAAUGAUCUCGAGACUACGAAGAAAAGGGGUUUACUUCAUAAUAGUAUUCUUUUUUGAGAACUUUUGGCUCAACCGCGUUUGCAGAAGUGUUUGAACGUUUGAAAAUCCUUUUAAUGGGCUCGGGAAAAAGCUCAUGUGAUCUAAAGUUUUUCCAAAUAGUGUCUAAGCACCUUCAAACACUUCUUUCUGUCUUCUUUUUAAUUUCAUUUCCUUCUUGUAAAAACCUAUUUCAUUUCAUACGUGUUCAGUAUUAAUUAUAUUUUUGUUUUACAAUUCAAAAUCGUUUGGUUUACCUUGAUUUAGUGUAAAUCUAUUUUCUUUUCAGAAAAUUCACCCCAAAUCUUUUUUUGCCCGUUCUUGUGAGUUUUCUAUCUUUUUAUCCAAGCUCGUUAUUUUUAAUUUGUGAAUGUCUUUUUUAUUGGAUUCUAUAGGGAAAGAAAAAACCAGCGAGAACCUUCUGCGCUCCACGGAUAAUCGUUACCGUAGCGGACCACCCAAGAAGAAGUGAGCGUGAGGUGUUUCGCGGAGAGCGAAGAGCUCUGGAAAAUGGCCGAAGAACGUGUCGAUCUUUCUAAACUUCCUCCUUCUGUGGCUGUUCAGUCCAUCCCGGGUGUGCUCAGCGAUCUUCGCUCCUAUCUUUCCAGUCCUCAGGUAUUUUUUUUUUCUUUUUUUAGGAAAAAAAAACAGUUUAUGAAAAAGCCUCUGAUAUAUUUUUCUAAAAAAAGUUUCCCUUUUCCUCGAUCCGAACUGAAAAAUGUUGUAAGUUGUUGUAUUUUAUAUUUCAUUAAUAUUUUUGAAAAACUGAUUUCAAUUAUACCUACAAUUGAAAAAGUAUAACCGAAAACACUAUCAGCAAAUUUAACCAACGUGUUGAGAUCCGAUCUUUAAAAUGUUGACCCUCCCAAAAAAAUAGCUUAAACUUUAAAUCUUUUUUUUAUUUUUCUCAACCAACAGAUUGGAGAGUUUACAGAAUUCCUUCCAGAAUUUUCCUCACAGUGAAAAGAAAUUAUUUUUUUUUACAGGACAUUAGAAGCUUUGAACUCACUUCAAGUCGAUUUUUUUCGAAACAAGUCGAAAGUUUUUUUCUUACCUCCAUGCGAUCGAUUGGAGUUCUUUUUACCGGUAUUUUUUUCUUUUUUUCAUCUAUUCCGUUGAAUUUUUUUGAGAAAUUAAAAAAAGCCGUGCAGUUCAUAUAAAAUUGAAUAUUCAAUAUUUCAAGUUUUCAGUUUGAGCAAAGCGAGACGAAAAUCGGCAGAAUUAUUUACGGCCAGUUCGCUUUCGAAGUGCCAUUUACUGUCGAAAGUUUUUUUAUCGCUCUAAGUAGAGUUUUUUUUAAAUUUUAUUUUGCUUUAAUAAAAAAACUUUUCAGUGUCGACAACCUUUUUUCUCAACCAGCAGCUUUUUCGUGAGUUUUUCUUUCUGUUCAAAUUGUAUCAAAAAAAUUCAAGUUUUAAACUAACUGUUAAAAUUCUGACUGGAAGUUUAUAUCAGAAAUUUUCGUUCCAGCGAUCUUUACUUGAAGCUUGGAGCAUUUUUUUCGAACAUUUUUUUCUAAAAAAAUGGUUUUAUUUAUCGCAGCUAUUUUUCUGAAACAUUUCUUUUUUUCCCUGUGAGUCUGUUAAAAGAGUCAUUAAUAGUUUACGUAAGCUUCAUUUUUUUGCGAGAGUGAUGUGCUUUUUUUCAAUUUUUUUAACUUUUUAAAAUAUUCAGAUUCGGCCUUUAACAGUUUCUGCAAAAGGAUCGAUUGCACAACUGUCAAAACAGUUAGUUUCGGAACCAAAAUGAGAAAAAUUCCGCGAGAUUUGCUUGAAACGGUAAGUCUAUUCUGAAAACUCAACUUGGACAAAUUUUUUUCUUUACAGAAACUGUUGUUGGUCACGGGAGACCUUCUUGAGCUCGUUCAGAGCAACUUUCCAAAUUUGAAUCGUUGUGUGUUUCGAUGCGUCGAAUUCGACUUUCUCUCCAGUUUUGUUGGUAAAAUUUUUUUCUGUUCUUUCAUUUUCUUUUUAGGAAUCAAAACAAAUGCAUUUGAAUUGUCCGGUAGAGUGAACUAUCGUGAACAUCUCAUUCAUUGAAAAUUUCUAAAAACCCGCCAAAAUUCCCUAUCACUUCGAGUAAAAACUUAUUAUUUUGCGGAUAUGAUUUUUGAAUUUUUUUCGAACGAAAAUUGAGACUUUUGUCCAAAAUUUUGCAAACUUUACGAAUAUUCCAAUUAAACCCGAUCCGGAAAAAUCCAUCAGAAAAAACGACGACUAUUGACGGGAAACUGCAUAUUUUUUUUUUUUGCAGACUCGUUUUGUAUAAAAUAAGCAAAUUGCAAAAGUUGCAAAACAUCUCGCGUUUUUUUAAUUCAAAAUUAUGAAGAACAUAAUUGUAAAUUUUGAAAACAGGAAUAUCAUGUUAGUUUCAAGCUGUCGUUUCUUCCAGAAUCCUCAACGUUGAGAGACCGAAUCGAACACCUGACCUUCGAUUGUAUUCCGAGAUAUUUCAGAGGAUGCUGCAUUAUGCAGGUUUUGUUAUUUGAAAAAGUUCUGAUUUGUGAGUCUAAUGAUUUCAGAUGAUUUUGGGAAGAAAUCUAAAAACAAUGAACCUGCACUGUGUCAGCUCAGAAAUCAGCUCAGACCUGAACUUCGCUGUGAUAGAAGAAAUAGAAGCGAAUCAACUAAAUCUGGAUUCGUUUACUUGGGAGUUUCUUCAAAGAAGCGAGUGAGUCUUUAAUUUCUUUCCCCUUUCAAGUUGCGAGUUAUUUGAAAAUUAGUCCUCAAUAUAUUCAAUCUUUUCCGACUUGAGCGGCGUGGGAAGCGGAGAAGUGUGCGGGAAGCGUAGCAUGCGCGUAUGCGGAUCUUGGCACAAGUUCAACUCAAUUGCCAGAGACUUUUCUUUUUCAAUUCUUUAUUGAUUUUUCCAUUUUUGCAUCAAGAAAAUAGUAGCGCUCAUCUCCGCCUACCUCGCUCAAAUCAAGAAGAAUUUUGUGUAUACAGUCUAGACAGCUAUGCUCUCCUUCUUGUUUACAGCGGGAAAAGUAUUUCUAUAAAUUUUUUUGAUCCUGUCAGCAGUAUUCGAAUGUUUUCCUUUUGACAAAUCUCAUUUUUUCAAAAACUAAAAUUAUAAAAAAUUCAAAAUUGAUGUCAAGAAUAUUAUUUGCAGAUUUUCUCAAGUACGGGAGCUUUUUGGAAGAAGCCAGCGAAUCAGCAAAUCGGUGCUUUAUUGCUAUUUGUCACACGAAUUGCCGGAUCAGUUUGAGCCUCAAAUCAACUUUCCCUCCUAAUUAUUUUUUUGGGUUUGAUUCAUUCCUGUUGUUGUUACGAGGUACUAACCAAAUGUCUCAGUUUAUUAAAAAUUAUGUUUUUCAAAUAUGAAUGCUCAAUAUAUCUUGCAUUUCAAUAACAUUUUGUGCCCAACAAUCAUAUAUUUCAAAUUUUUCCGCAGCCACCUCUUCGUCAUAAAAAUCCUCAUACAUGACAUAGCCAUUUCUUUGGUCUUUCUAAUACUUUUUUUAUUGCAUUCAAACUAUAAACGUUUUUUGGAGCUUGAAUAAUAAUCACAUAACGCGAAACGUAUUUUUUCUGUAAAUUAAUCUGUAAAAACCGAAUUUGUUAAAAGGUUUUACCAAAUUGAUAAAAUCCAAGAAAUCCUUUUUGACUUUUUCAUGCUUUAUUUUUUUCCGUGUAUUUCAUUCGAUUUUACAAAAAAAUUUCACGGUUUUUUUCACUUUUGUCACCCGAUUUUUUGGUGUACCUCCAAUAAAUUUUUUUAACGAACAUAAUGUUACGCGUUCAUGCCUUCGCAGUUUUUUUCGUUAUAAUAUUUCGAAUAUAUCGGACGAAUUUGUUUCAUCUUAUAAAAAAAUUCUGUUUUUUUAGCAUUCAAAUUACAGUUCAAGUUUGACAUACGAAACUCCAGGGAACGCAGCAAAUGCGCUCCAUGUCACUGGCGUACAUUCAAAUUUUGUUCAAAGUGGACGCCUAAUUCUGUUUUUGUCCAGUUUUUCUAUUUUACUGUUUGCUGGAAACUUCUCAAUCAAACAGAUGUUUGUUUUCAGAUUUGUUUCACAUAUUUCGCAUAUUUUGAAUUAUUUUACUUCCGUAAAAACACGAAAUUUUCGUAUAUUUCGAUAUUUACCUCAAUGGAGAUUUCAGCGCAAUGGAGGCGUUUGGAAAGAAGACGCACUGUUAUAUGAAUGGGAAGCCAGACAUUUUUUCCCGACGGGCUAAAAAAGAGCAUUGGCGUUCGCGCAGUGCAUUCAAGCUCAUGCACAUUGAUGACGAGUUCAAAAUUUUGAAAGGUUUGUAAUUUAGAAGCACAAACUCCUUGAUUUCUGAUUAUAUUUCAAUAAAGGUCUUUAGGACAUUAGGGAUAAAGACUACACUGACACGUUUCCUGACGCGAAUCUCAACCUAACUAUUUCAAUUUUCUUUUUCCAGGCGUCACCAGAGCGAUUGAUCUGUGUUCGGCCCCGGGGAGCUGGUGCCAGGUUCUUUCAAAAAGGCUUGACGUUGAAAACGAGCAUGUGAAAAUUAUUGGCGUCGAUCCAACUACUGUCAGCCCCAUUCCAGGCGUUACCAUGCUGGAGGGCGCUAUUCAUGAAGUACGUUUUUCGGUUCAUUCAACAUUUUUGCUUUUUUUACCGAAUGAUUUAUGACACGAUAUAAACUGACAUGCACUUCUACUACUAGCUCAGAGCAAAUCAAACAGAACAAUUUUUUUUUCGUUUUCACUGCACGUUACUCAAAGAACAGACAUUAACAAAAAAUUUUCAGCAAAAUAGUUUUUUGGCUUCAUAAAUCAUUAUUUCUCAAGUUUUUAAAUAUGGAACCCUGCAAUUUUUUAAAGAAAUGAAAGCCAAUUUUUUGAAGUUUUUGUCGCAAAACGUGUUCAAAAAAAUUUUUUCAAUUAUUUCAAUAAAAAAACAGGUUUAUGGAAUAUCAGUUUUGUAACAAAUCUUUUUUGUGGCAGGAUGAAACAAUCACGAAAAUCAUUGCUGAACUUGAUGGAGUGAGGGUUGACAUUGUGCUGUGCGACGGAUCUCCCGACGGUUCGACAUUUUCCUUUUUUGUCACGACUGGAAAGAGAAAACUCUUCACACUGCUCAAUUUAAAUCUAUUAAUCGAACUUUUAACCAAAAACAUUGUUUUCAGCGACUGUUAACCUCAUGAUGGACGAAAUGCUUCAGCGUCAGCUCAUAACUUUGGCGUUCAAAGUUGCAACCCAGACUUUGAAAGUUGGCGGGACUUUCCUGUCAAAGGUAUAAAUCUUAUGAUUUCAUCAUUGUUCAUUUUUUUUUUUGCAGAUUUUUGGCUGUCAGAAUAAAGAGUUGGUUUAUGCGCAAAUGAGAAAGUUUUUUGCACGAGUUGAAAUGAUCAAACCUCGCAGUAGCCGUCCGACCAGCAGCGGUGAAGCUUUUUGCUUUUCUUACUUGAAAUUUUUUUUAAGAAACGUACGUUUUGUGCACGAACUUCCAGCCGCUUCUUGGAACCGCUCCUGAUUUUCGAUGUGCAAAGCCUGGAGGUAAUCUCAUCACCUGGAUGAAAAUUUCACAAAAAAAAAAACCUUGGAGAAGUUAUUCUGCCUGGAGAUUUCAUUUCGACGAAAGAUCUUCCAUUUGCUUUGACUGGAGACAUGAGUGAAUAUGAUGAAAAAUUGGAUGAUUGUCCUUUGGAUCUUUUAUUGGGCAUCGAGAACGGCAAGAACCCGUUCGAUAAAAGGUUAGAUAGAAAUUUCGAAGCAAGCAAAACCAUUUGAAAUUUCAGUCGCUAUCAAUUCAAAAAUUGUGGCCCGCCGCCCGAGCUGAACAUUUCCAAAGUUCUGGAGCGUGCAAAACUUGCGCGUGAAAAGCCUACGUUUUUCGAGCUUGUCCGCGUGAGUUUCGUUUGUAUUUGAUUUCGAUACUUUUUACAUUAUUCGCAUAUAAGAAGUCGCGUUGCAGAAGCAGAACGAAGCUCUCAAAGCUUCACCUGGCUACGUCCUGGGAACUGGAGAUCUUGGUUACCUUGAAGAAACUGUUGAAGGAAUUUCCGAUCUUUUCGACGAGAUGACUCUUCCUACCGAAAAUCCCGAUUCUUCUCGUUCUUCUACUCCUAUCGCUACCUCUGAGUAUUCGUUCCUUUCCACUUCUGCUUCCACAUCUUCUCUUUAUUCUUUCCUUUCUACGUCUCCUCCCAACCCUCAGUAA